AUGGCCGACGCUGCUACCGCCACCCCUGCUGCGGCUGCUGCCGCCCCGGCCGAGCCUCCUACCAUCCCGGCAGAGGCUCCUGCUGCCCCUGCUCCUACAGCCAGACCAGGCAAGAGGGCAGUCAAGAACCAGGGCGGAGCCGCCAAGAAGGCCAAGACCGACGCUGCGGCUGCCGCAGCUCCGGCUUCCGCCGCCCCUGCCGCUGAAGCUGCUCCGGCUGAGACUCCUGCCGUGCCGGCUGAAACUCCUGCCUCCCCUGCUGAUGCUCCUGCUGCCCGGGCGACUGAUGCCAAGCCGGCCAAGCGGGCUCCCAAGUCCAAGGAGGGGGCUGCCAAGAGGGUCAAGCCCGACCGUCCGCCGACCAUGCAGCUGAUCGUCAAUGCCAUCGAAGCGGACAAGGACGUCAAGGGCACCUCGGGUCAGACCGAGGCGCGCGUCCUCUCCGGCCGCUACCGGCUCGCCACCAAGGACAAGGCCAAGCCCAUCCUGAAGAAGGCUGCGGCCAAGUCGCCGGCAAAGGCUAUCUCGGCCAAGCCAGUCAAGGCUCUGACGCCGUCUAAGGCUGCGGCCGCCGAGAAGGCGACGCCGGUGAAGAAAGUGACCAAGUCGCCGACCAAGGUGAAGAAGAUGGCGGCGAAGAAGAUCACAGCAAAGAAGCCCGUUGAAAAGAAAAUGGCUGCUGGGAGGGUGGUCGAGGUGUCAUGUUCCUAUGUUGUUUUAUGA